CCAUAUCGCCCUAACCUCUAAUUUGUUAGAAGAAGCAUAUACCAGAGCAAAGGUAUUUGAGAAUGCUUAUAAACAGAAUUCUGUUCAAACUGCUUAUGCAACUCCAACAGUAUUUCAUUCUCCUUAUAGUUUCUCUGGAACCCCAAACCUUAAUCUCACUAGUUCAAAUGAAAUGGCUGAGGCUUUGAAAACUUUAACGAAUUCAAUCAAUAAGCUUAUGACUCAACUUCAAGAUCAGCGAAGGCCACUAUCUAGAUCUCGGUCUGGAAAUUUUACCCCAUCUACUGUAACGGAUCAAACUUCGUAUUUAGAAAUUCCCGAACAUAAGUCAUUAUUUUUACCAGCAGAAAGGUCUAUUCAUCUCAAGCCUAUAGUAAAUAUGCUGAUUCUUAGGAAAAAGUCAACUAGAACGAAAACAACUGAUUUAAUCGAUCUUGAAGAAGGAGAGAGUACUAAAGAUCCAGAUGUAGAAAUGGAAAAA